AUGGCUAAACGUUUCAAGUUCCGAAUAUCCCGCCUCAUCAUCCCCUGUUUCCGACCUUGCUGCCCCAAACACCCGGCCUCCACCGACGAUGACUUCCUCUGGGAAAAGGAAGACAAAUGGCACGUCAUCGCCAAGGUCUACAACGACAACACCGCUCCUUCUCGCCGGAAAAUCCACAACUCCUCAGUCUCCGGCGGUUCCGGACCCGACGACGUAUUGCCUCUUCCAUCAUCGAAACGGCGGUAUAAGAAGAAGAGGAGGACAACACCAAGAGGCCGUAGCCGUGUAAGCACUUCCUCAGCUGAUCGCAGCUGUGGUUUGUUCAGCAGCGACGGCUACGACGAUGAAGAAGAAACCGAAGCUCUAGUUUCGUCUUCUAGAAGCGACACGCCGCCUCACAAAGAACGCGAGUUGACGAAGAAGAAGAGGAAGGAGAAGACGGUGUGGCGGGUAGCGGCGAGGUUGUCGGCGUUUGAGGGGGUGAUGGGGUGGAAGGUGGAAGGGAAGGUAAGAGAGAGCGUGGCGGUGGUGAAGAAGUCGGAGGAUCCGUACCAUGAUUUCAGGAGGUCGAUGAUGGAGAUGAUAGUGGAGAAGAAGAUGUUCGAGCAGAAAGAUUUGGAGCAACUCCUGUGUUGCUUCUUGUCUCUAAAUUCCACUAAAUAUCAUCCCGUCAUUGUUCAGGCUUUCACCGACAUUUGGGAGACUCUCUUCUGCUUCUGCAUCAAUGGCAACAGCUGA